CCAAUAAUAACUAUUUCCUCUUUUGUCUUUAGGUGCUCUUUUUUUCUCUCUCUCUUCUAGUUUAUGGAUUUCCGUAAAGAUGUCAGAUAACGCCAGAUGCCAGAGAAGCAGCUGCAGCAGCUGCAGCAGCAACAGAGAGCCAGAGCAGCAGGUGCAGUCAUAAUAAUAGAUACAGAGUCAGAGAUAGAUAGAGAGAUAGAGUGAGAAAAAUAAAAUUUCAGAGCAUUGGCAUGCAGCUCUGUAAUCAGAACCAUUAGUUCAUCAGAAGAUUCUGUAACAACACAAUGGUCCCUGAAAUAAAUAUACCUACUCCUCCUCUCCUCUAUCCCAUUUCCAAGUCCUCUAUCCCAUUUCCAAGUGAUAAUAAACAUUGAACCUGCUCUGUUUCAUUUUACUACUAUCACCAUCUAUCACUUCAUUUCUCUGCCUCCUUCAAGUUCAUUUCUCUUCUUCUUUCUUCUCUUUCACUCUGCUUGAUGAUGAAUGGUUCAAGGAACAGGUUCCCUUUUACUUCUUCUCAGUGGCAAGAGCUUGAACAUCAAGCUCUUAUCUACAAGUACAUGGCUUCUGGUAUUUCUAUUCCACCUGAUCUUCUCUUCACCAUCAAGAGAAGCUACUUGGACUCUCCUCUGACUUCAAGGCUUUUGCCUCACCAGUCUCAACACUUUGGUUGGAACUAUUUGCCUAUGGGUUUGGGGAGAAAAAUAGACCCAGAGCCAGGGAGGUGCAGAAGAACUGAUGGCAAGAAAUGGAGGUGCUCCAAAGAAGCUUACCCAGAUUCAAAGUACUGUGAGAGGCACAUGCAUAGAGGGAAGAACCGUUCAAGAAAGCCUGUGGAAGUUUUGAAAACAACACCAACAACAGCAAUAGAUGCAGGAGAUGCUUCAGCAGCACCAACAACAAUGUUAUCUAUCACAAAAAAUAGUCCUGCACUCACCCCAACAACCACUCAUGACCCUUACCAUCACCACCAUCACCCUCAAAACUCUUCCUAUGGCUCAUCUUCUUCCCAUCUUCAGCACCCUUUCCUCUACCAUCAUUCCCCACCUUCAAGGCCUUCUGGUGUUGGUUUGUCUUUUCAAGACAACAACAGUGCUCCUAUGUUUCUUGACACUGGUUCUUGCUCUCACAAUAACAACACUGAUUGCAGCAGGUAUGUUUAUGGACUGAAAGAAGAGGUGGAUGAGCAUGCUUUCUUCACUGAACCUUCUGGAACCAUGAGAAGCUUCUCUGCUUCCUCCAUUGAUGAUCCUUGGCAGCUCACACCACUGACUAUAAGCUCCUCAUCCUCUUCAAAACAGAGGAACUGCUCUGGUUUAUCCAAUUCCAAUGACACCAACAACAACAACGAGUACUCUUACUUGCAACUUCAGAGCCUCAGUGACAACUCAAAGCAAACACAUCAAGAUCAUGGUUUCUAUAGUGAUAACAAGCCUGAAAAUUUCAUGAAACUUGGGAAAGAAGAACCUCAGAAGACAGUUCAUCGCUUCUUUGAUGAAUGGCCCCCCAAAAGCAGAGGAUCAUGGCUUGAUUUGGAUGAUAAAUCAUCCACCACCCAGCUUUCAAUUUCCAUUCCCACAUCUUCCCAUGAUUUCACAACUUUCAGUUCCUCAACCCCACGAGAUGGUUGAGCUCAGCUUUCAGUAGUGGGGGUCCCUGGUCCCAGAACUUGAAUCAAAGGCCAAGAAUGUACUUACAUGGUGGGGUUCAUGUUCUGUGAGGAUUUUUGACUUUUUUCCCUUGAGUUGUUCCCCUUUUCCCAUCUGUUUUGUAAUUGUUGUUCAAGUGGAUUUGUGUCUCCGUGGAGGGAUCCAAUGUGUGUAGUUGUGUGUUUGUAUGCUAUUGCUUUCAAAAUUUUGUUCUUUCUGCCAAGCAUAGUUUUCAGUCUCU